ACUUGGAUGGGCUCUGUGCGACUGGGCUAUAAAAGGCAAAGGAAUGGAGGCCAUAACCAAUUUAUAUAUAUAAAAAUAUUUAUAAAAGGAAAGACUUGUUGAAAGACUUGUUCGUACGGAUGACAGCCACGGAGACCUGAACUAGAAUUCUGUGGCGGAACCGCUGGUACCCAGUACUUAAUAUUUAGUUUGUAUAAUAUAUCUUUUAGUUAGGUAAAUCAAAUUUAAUUGUAUCUAUUUUAGAUAUGUCAAUGCCUAGCUCUUUCCGAAACUCAGAGACAUACUUUGACACCGUAGUAGAAUUUCUAUGCUCAUACUCGUGGAUUUAUCGCGAAGCCAAUGUAGCUUGUAUACCUUCUAUUAACAUUAUGCCGCCUGAAUUCAAAAAAUAUUUUCUGGAAAUAUCUAAUGAAAAACUUAAUGCAUUUCCUUAUAUUCACGAAAAUAUAAGCGAUUACCCAUCAGAGCUUUGUAGUUUCAGACAACAAUUGUCCAUUUUAACGCCAAACCUUAAUUCGCCUAAAAUUUUCGACGUAAUCAGGAAUAAUAGAAACCACAAGGGGCUGUCGACUAAGAAAACACAGGAAAUCAAACAACUUGCAGCUCACAUACACGACCAUUGUGCAAAUACACAAGUGUUAGUUGACUUGGGAGCAGGAUUGGGUUACCUAAGCCAUGCCCUUUACGGACUUAAACCUGAUUGCCUUAUACUAGGCUUGGAAGCCGAUAUGGCACGCGUGGAGCAGGCUCGUCAAAGAUGUCUUCGUUGCUUGCCACCGGAUGCCAUAAACUCAAUUCGAUAUUUGCAAAAAUUCGUUAGCUUUGACUCCGGAUCUUAUAUAGAUGAGCAGACUUCAGAACUUGCUAGGAAUAACGGUUCUUUAGAUCGUAAAACAAUUUCAAUAAUUGGCUUGCAUGCCUGUGGGGAUUUAAGCAUAAAUGCACUGCACUUAUUUUUAAAAAUGCCCCGAGUUCAGUGCCUUCACAUUAUGCCCUGCUGCUACCACAAGAUUGAAGUCGUUAAUCAUGGCGGAGACAGCGAUGAAAAAUCAUUUACUAACUUUCCGCUUAGCGCUGCGUUAGGAAAGUCUGUAAAAAAAAGUUUUAAAAACCCAUUCUUAAAUAGACCGUUUCUUAGACUGGCGUGCCAACGUUCCACUUCUCACUGGUGGCGAGAUUGCACCGAAGGCGCACAUAAGGAGCACGGAUACCGCAUGUACAUGCGAGCGCUGGCUGAGGCUAUCCUUAACUCAACAGAAUUUGUAAAGCCAAGAAAGAGUCAAUUCCCAGUGGCCAGCUACCCAAUAGACUUUUUUGAAAUAAAGAGAAGGUUUCAGUUACUUUCAAAAGAAUCUGGUGAGUCGGUGGAGUGGCAGCCUUCCCACGAAAAGAUGUUUUUUGAGAUAAGCACUAUGUAUACCGACAAAGAGGGUUCUAUGUUGGUCGAAGGCUUAACAUGCUUGCAAGCAGCAAUGCAGAAACUAUGUGAAAACGUAGUGUUAUUUGACCGUUUGUGUUUCUUGAAGGAAGCGGCAGAAAACCAGAAACUUACUGUUCAGGUGCGAUAUGAGACAUUGUUUGAUGAAAAGAUAUCGCCACGAUGCCAAGUUCUGUUUGCAGAAAAGUUGUUCUGAAGCUGUCUUAAACUUUAGUUAACUUGUGUCUUUUGGUUCUGGUGGUUUUUUUAACGGCUUUACGCAAACUUAAUAAAUAUAUAUAUUAUACUCUCUGCAUUCCGUUGCUUAGGCUCAGAACGAAUGGCCCUAUAUAUAAACCUCACUUAAUGUAGACAACAUUAAUUAAAAUAAUUCAUAGACGAAUAUAAAGCAUGAAGAGGCCAUAGUUGCUCUUGACUCGAAUGAGAUAAAUACAUUUUUUUGAACUGAUAAAAUAUAA